AAUUGUGUGCCCUGGUAAAGAGACGAAGCAUGCGAGACGGCGGAAGAAGGCAGUGAGAAGAAUAAUAAGAAGAUGAGCGGCGGGAAGAAGGGUGGGCCCCCGAAGCAUCAGAACAAGUUUGCCUGGAAACCCAACGCCGGUCGCAAGAUCAAUGAAACUGAAGUUGGGGGAAGGUUCAGGCCUCUGUCUGAGAUAACUGGUGUGUGCCCUCGCUGCAAGGACCAGAUCGAUUGGAAGCGCCGUUAUGGCAAGUACAAGCCUCUUGUUGAACCUGCCAAAUGUCAGAGAUGCUCGAAGCGUGCUGUUCGUCAAGCUUACCAUAACUUGUGUUCUGGGUGUGCAAAAGAGCAUCGUGUAUGCGCAAAGUGUUGUUGCAGUGUGGACAAUAUAGUUGGAAGAGAUUCUGCUGAAGUUGAGGCGGAACAAAAGAUGCUUGAGGAGGCUAUUAAGUAUUCUAGGGAGAGAGAAAGGAGAACACUAUUGCGGGCUAUGAAUAAAGACAAACCUAAAAGUUCAAGAAAUAACCCAACAGAUACCAGGGACAAUAAGGUUGGGCACUUAUUUCCAAAUGCAACCCUGGAAGAUUAUGCUAGAUUGCAUGGAGUUAAAAAGGAUCAUGGUGAUGGUGAAACCUGUGAUAGUAAAUUUGAUGAUGAUAGUGAGGAAGAAGUUUGUGAUGACAAAGAUGUUAACAGUGAGAAUGAAGAUUGUGGUGAUGAUGAUGAGGAUGAGGUGGAGGAG